AUGUCUUCCUCCCUCUCAUCUGAAAAGGACAACAACUUCUGUUUUCCGAUCCCAGACACUUUGGAAAGUGACAGAGUGAAAUUGGUUCCAUUCAUACCCUCAAAACACGCUGAAGCUUUGUUCCAAGCUUUUGACGAGUCCACAUGGAACUAUCUCUCUUAUGGACCUUUUACGUCUACUGAACAGUUCGUCGAACAAUUCUGGGACAAAGGCAUCCAAGUAAACCCUGCAACGACUUCUUUCACUAUCUUGGACAAGGCGAGUCCCGUUAAUGGGGAACCCGCUAUUGCGGGUCUUGUGAGCUACAUCAACUCCAGUGACCGGGAUGCUUGCACUGAAAUUGGCUUCGUUGUCAUAUUGCCAAAAUUCCAACGCACUCAUGUAACUUCCAACAUGGUUGGGUUGCUUAUGCAUUAUGCACUUGAUCUUCCAGAGGAGGGCGGGCUUGAAUUGCGGAGAUUGCAGUGGGUCUGUAACACGAAGAACGCACCGAGUUUGAAAGUAGCGGAAAGGAUGGGGUUUCGAUUCGAGGGUGUCCUCAGAUGGGCUCGGGUCCUACCGCCUUCAAAGGCUAUUGGAUACAAAGCAGCACCUGAGCGCAAGGGUGACCCUCGAUCAGGGAAGGGAGGAAGGGAUUCGGCAUACUCGUCAUGCUGCUGGGAUGAUUGGGAAGGAGGUGUGCGUGACUGGGUAGACAAAGUUAUGACGCGAACGAAAUGA